AUGUCAUCAACUUCAGAAACAACUACAACAGUCAACGAUUCAAACAAUACCCCAAUUGAAUCCAAUUCAACCAAAGCUUCUUCUCCUGUAUCAUCAGCUCCAUCAGCAGAUGUAUCUAAUGAUCCAUAUGCUUAUAAGAAAAGAAAAUUGGUUAGACGUCCAGCUAAAGCAAAUCCAUUGAAAUAUAAAGUAUGGUUAAUUGGGCAUAUAUCAGCAUUAAUAUUUGGGUCAAUUAGUUUUAUAUUUCAAAUCUUUUGGUUACCUAAUUAUUAUUAUAUUAAUUCAAUAAGUUAUAGAUUGUCAUUAAUUGGUAGUAUUGCUGCUUUAACUGCUACUUUUAGUCAUAAAUUUGGUUUACAUAAUUUACCAAAUAUUGGAACUUUAUUAAGUCAUCAAAAUUUUCAAUAUCUUGUAUUGGCAUCAAUUUGGAUUUUUACAUUUAAAUCCGUUUUCAAAAUUUUACCUUAUUUUAUAUUAGCUUUAUUACAUAUUGGUACUACUAAAAACAUUGGAUUUAUUACUAAAGAAGCUGAUUUUUUGGCAAGUGUUAUUGCUUAUGAUGAAUUAUUAUUGAUUGCUUAUUUGCUUGUUAGAACAUUAUUUUUUAGAAAUGCAAGUGGUUAUCAAUUGACUGUAUUUUUGAUCUUUUAUUGGUUAAGAAUCUUGUAUAAUAAAGAAACCACUAAUUUAUUUAACUCAAUUAUUGAUAGAUUAGAUGGUAAAAUGUCAAGUAUUAAAAAUCCUAAAGUUGAACAUUAUUGGUAUAAAACUAAAACUUUUAUUAAAGAAAAACAACAAGCUGAUGAGUUUUAA